AUUUUGGUCUUCAAAUUUUCUUUCCAUCUUCCUUUUCUCUCUUCUUCUAGCUAUAGCUACUUAUUAUUAUGUGAUUUCAUCACAGCACUUUCCAUUCACCACCAUAGAAACCAAAGAGAAGGCCAAAAAAAUAUAAAAAAAUGAAGUGACAUAGAGAGUUUGAUUUUUUUUUUUUGAAAUAUGAUGGUGGGUCUGAGUGUGGUGUUGGAAGCACAGAAGGGUGGUGGUGUUAGCAAGGAGACACCCCAAGUGAUUAACAAAACCAUGAUGCUAAGCAGCAGCAGCAGCAUCAACAAACACUCUUCUUCUUCUUUUUCUUCUUCUUCUAUGUCCUGGAAUUCCCAGCACUCAGCUUUUCAAGAACCAGCUUUUCUAGAGCUCUGUUUUCUCUGCAGGAAGAGGCUGAUGCAAGGGAAAGACAUUUACAUGUACAAAGGGGACAGAGCUUUCUGUAGCGAGGAGUGCAGGUGCAAGCAGAUUUUCAUGGAUGAGGAAGAGACUGUUCAGACAGAAAACUGCUCCAUGGCUGCAAUGAGACCCACAUCCUCUGCCUCCUCCUCUGUUUCUUCUUCUUCUUCAACUCCUCAUCGUAAGAAAGGAUCAAGAAACAGAAGGGGUGGUUUUGCUUACUGAUGAGGAGAGGAAGGAAGCUACUAAGCUUAGAGUAGAGAAGAGAGAAAAUACAAAAAUGGGGGGUCUUUGUUUUUUUGGAAGCAAUAUUCCAGUUUUACCCAUGCUUUAUGUUGUAAUAAGUAAUAACCUCCUAGUGUUUUGUCCUUUUGCUUCCUAGUAUGAAGCCAAAAUGUCCUCUCAACUUUUAGUUUUAUGUCAUGGGGCUCCAUUCUCCAACCUGUUGGCUAUAAACCUGUUAGUUCUGGUGCAUUGCAUUUAAGUGCUUUUCAUUAUUGCCCAGAAACUAGAGACAUUUCAUAAUAUAUGAUGUGUUUUUAGAUUUA